AUGGCGACUCAACAGAACCCCCCCUUCAAGGUCGACCGAUACGUCGUCGUCCAUGUUGCUACAACCUGCGAUGAACACGGCGUCUACGUAACUAAGGACUCGGCCGAGGUCAUCGAGCUUGGCUGGAUCCUGCUGGACGCAAACACGCUGGAAGAGCUUCACCGCGAGAGCGUCCUUGUGAAGCCCGUCAACACCCCCAUCACUCCCCUCUGCACGAGCUUGACCACCCUCACCUGGGAACAUGUUCGGAAUGCCGGCACCUUCCGAGACGCCGUUAACCGCUUUGAUGCCUUCGCCUCCGAACACCUGACCUCGCAGAACCUCGACUUCGUCUUCGUCACCCUGGAGGCCUGGGACCUGCGGGUGCAGCUUCCCCGUGAGGCUCGGGAUAAAUCCGUUGUGCUUCCCCCUUAUCUGCAACAUUCUCGGGCCUUUGAGCUCCGUACCGAAUACCAGCGGUGGCAGCAGCACCACCCCGAGUCACUGCCCUUCGGGCCGUCGUUGUUGACUAAUAUCUGCGCCGCCCUGGAGGUCGAGGCCGUCCAAACCAGUGCCCCCAUCAAGCACAACCUGCCCUUCCACCUGCAGGCCCUGGCGCCGGCGUCGCCUCGCCGUGCUAUGGAGGAGGCUGUGACCCUUGCCCGCGUUCUCCGUGGUCUGAUUCGGAAGUCGCAGCCGCCGCAUGAGCACCCGGAUGUGCUUACUAGGCCCAUGGAUGCCCGUGCCGAUGUCCGCGCUUUCCUUUCGGAGCGCAGCAAGGUUCUGCACAUGUCCGGUCUGCCCCACGACACUACCCAAUCGGAGCUCGAGAGCUGGUUCACCCAGUUCGGUGGUCGUCCUAUUGCGUUCUGGACUUUGCGCACGCCGGAGCAGCACAAGCCCACCGGCACCGGCUUCGCUGUCUUUUCAUCCCACGAAGAGGCUGCCGAAAGCCUGUGCAUGAAUGGGCGUGCCCUGAAUGAAAAGGCGAUUGAGGUGUCCCCGUCAUCCAGUAGAGUGCUGGACCGCGCCGCCGAGAUCCUCACUCCCUUCCCGCCGAGCAAGAAUCGGCCUCGCCCCGGCGACUGGACGUGCCCGUCUUGCGGCUUUUCCAACUUCCAGCGCCGCACCGCAUGCUUCCGUUGCUCGUACCCUGCUGUCACUCCGGGGCCCGCCGGCGAGAUGGGCUAUGGUUAUGGUUAUGCGCCCCCGGCCAUGAUGCCCCCUCCUCCUCACAUGGGUCAUCACGGCCAUGGCGGUGGUGGUGGCCAUGGACGCAUGGGCGGCUCUGGCGUUGUCCCCUUCCGCGCCGGUGACUGGAAGUGUGGUAACGAGGUUUGCGGUUACCACAACUUCGCAAAGAAUGUUUGCUGCCUCCGUUGUGGAGCCAGCCGUGCUGGCGCUGCUGUGGUUGCCGACUCGGGCUACCCCUCCCCAAUGGACGCUCCUUCGUCGUACGGUAUGGGACAAGGCUCAAUGGGCGGUAACCCCGGCGCUGGACCCGGGCCCGGGCCCGGCCCUGGCCCUGGCCCCUUCGGUUCUGGUGCCGGUAGCUUUAACUCUGGUGCUGGAUAUGGUCAGCACUUUGGUGGCCCCCCGAGCACCUACGCUCUGCCAUCCGGUUUGGGCGGCGGUGCUGCGCCUUACCCUCCUCUCAACACCCACUUCGGCCCUGCUCCGGGCUCCCACUCCGCCGGACCUUUUGACAGCCGCGCGGCGGAGGCGGCCUUCCAGUCCGCGGGCAACGGCCCCGCAUCUGCUGGUCCAAACAACAACUUCUACUCGCAGGGCGAGAGCGACCCGUUCGGUUUCCUAACGACCGGGAUCGGCAGCCUUACGGUCAGCAACCAGGAUGCCCGCCAGAACGCGAGCGGCGCACCCCAGAGCAAGUCGCCCGCAUAA